GCUGACGCGUGGUUGCAGGUCUUCCCCUCACGUCACAAUUGUCGUUACACAAUGUUCGUCCCCAGUGUGUGAGCACACGCCGCGCCCUCAGAUCAGCCCGGGAAGUCGGAGUGACUACAUGCGCACAGCCUAUCAUAUUGUCAGAAGUCAGUGUUGUGCGGAUGAAGCCAUGGUGUCCAAUGCUACCACCGCAGCCUUCUCUCUGCCCAUCACUACCUCAGCCAAGGUCGGCAUCGCCAUCCUGAUCUUAGCGUUCACGCUGGGCUUCCCCGGGAAUCUGUUCGUGGUGUGGUCGGUCUUGUGCCGCGUCCGGAAGCGCUCGGUGACAUGCUUGCUGGUUCUCAACCUCGCCCUGGCUGACGCCUUCGUGCUGCUCACAGCCCCUAUCUUCCUGCGCUACCUGGCCGGUGGAAACGGGUGGGAGUUUGGCUCUGCGGCGUGCAAGCUGGUGCACUACCUAUCCAGCGUCAACAUGUACGUGUCCAUCUAUCUCAUCUGUUUGAUGAGCAUGGACCGCUGGCUGGCCGUCACCAGGCCUUUCCUGUCACAGAGGAUGCGGACCAAGCGCUCCCUUCUGGUUCUCCUGCUGGGUGUUUGGGUCAUAGCCUUUCUGCUGUCCCUCCCCAUGCCUUUCUACCGCAGCAAUCUGAGGAAAGUGUUACCAAACAACAUCACGCUGAGAUUUUGCGUGCCGUACCACUGGAGCAGUGUGGGUCACCGGGUCUUUCAGUACACCUUUGAGACCAUCAUGGGAUGUCUGGUGCCCUUCUUCCUUAUCAACACAUGCUACUCGUCGAUCAUCUGCCGCCUGCAGAGCGCCAAGUUCCAGAGGCGAGGCCAAGGCAGCCGCCUGAUCCUCAUCAUCAUCUCUGCCUUCACUGUUUUCUGGCUGCCGUAUCACAUCAUCAACAUCAUCGAGGUGAUUGGCCUGUUGCAGGGCAGCAAGUCCACACUAGCGGCUGCCAGUGUGGCUCGUCCCAACGUCACCGCCUUUGCUUACUUCAGCAGCGCAGUCAACCCGAUUCUGUACGUAUUCGCCGGCAGCUCCCACAUUCGCCAGGCCGGCCUCAGCUUCUUGGGCAAGCUCUUGGAGGCCACCAACUCGGAGAGCAGGAGCACGUCCACCUUUGGCCGGAGUGGACACACCAGCUCGUCACGAGACGACACUUCCAUGCUGCAGACACUGAGUGUCAAACUGGGGAAGCCAUUCAAAAGCAGGCAGGGUGACGGCGACAACAAGGCGGCGAGGGAGACGGAUGAGCCGGAACUGAAGACUCUUGCAAGUGUUGAGCCGUUAGAGUAGCACAGAUGAUCAGGUGAUGUAUAAAAUUAUUAAUGCAUGGGAAAGAAAUUAAUUUAACAAUAUGUUUAUUGUAUUUCUUCUGUAGCUUCUGUUUCACAUGCAUAUUUAAAUAAUAAUUUGGUAACAGCACAGAAAUUGCAUAUACUUCCUCUUUGUUUCAUCACACACACGACACACAAGACCUCUUGCGAUACUUUAGUUACCAACGGAGAACAAAGUAUUGUUGGCGGAGUAAAACUGCUUUUACUGAUUUUCAACAGCAGAGUGACAC